GCAAACCAAACCAAACCCAACCCCUCCUCCGCCGCGGCCCGAAACCCCACCGGAUCGGCGGCGGCGGCGGCGGCAGGAGGCCGGCGGGCGGAGGAGAUGUCGCUGACGGAGGUCAGGAUCGGGGAGGAGGUGUGGCUCACCUGCCUCUCCCACGCCCUCACCACCGAGACGGAGGAGGUCAUGGGCCUCCUCUUCGGCGACAUCAAGCAUUCGAGCAGGGGCGGGGUGACUGCUCUGAUAUGGGGGGCGUCGCCGCAGAUGAGGUGCGAGCGGAAGAAGGACAGGGUGGAGGUCAACCCCGAGCUGCUCGCGGCGGCGACGGCGCAGGCCGAGAGCUUGUCGGCCACCAUCGGCGAGAAAACGAGGGUGAUUGGAUGGUACCACUCGCACCCGCAUAUCACCGUUCUGCCUUCCCAUGUAGAUGUUCGGACCCAGGCAAUGUUUCAGUUGAUGGAGCCAGGUUUUGUGGGUCUGAUAUUCUCUUGUUUUAGCGAAGAUGCUCAAAAGGUUGGAAAAAUCCAAGUGAUUGCUUUUCAGUCACUUGGUGGAAAUCAGCAAUCUGUUGUUCCUGUUAAUGAUCCAGUCAUUAACCUUGAAUCAUCUUGGAGUUCGUUGGAUGAUACCUCACAUCCGGCAUUGAUUGAAGGCAUUGAACAAGACACGGGGGAUUCUAAAUCUUCAAGAAAUAGCAAGGUGUGGGCAAAAUCUUCUGAUGUGGAUUUCUAUCCUCAUUUUGACGCCAAUCACUCAGCAAAACAUCAAUCCAAAGAAAAUGCUAUAGUUGCAUACGAUCCCAAUAAUGCACCUGAGACCCCUGUUGAUCUAGAUGAAUCAGAUAUGACCCCAAGCAUCCAGGAGGCGUUGCACAGGUCAAACAUGGACAUUAGUGGUGCAGAAUAUGUAAGAAAGGAGGUGCCACUUUAUGUAUUUCCGACCAGGCAUCUGCUAAAGCUGGACACCACAUUAACUUCUUACUGUGAUAUGCAACAUGUCGUUUUCGAAGAGGAAAAAUCAGCAUAUAAUCAAGCCAUGCAUCAAAAUAUUCGUGAUGGGAAGAUCCACCCACUUACAUCUAUUCACCAUGCAUCUACAUACAACUCAUCUCUCUGCAAAUUAAUGGAAUAUUGUUUGAGCCCUGCUAUAACUGUACUUCAGGAUCGUCUGAAGGAAAAUGAACUUCGGUUAUCUAUGCUAAUGGAGGAGGCUAAACAACUUGAGGCAGAGAACCAGAGCAUGAGAAAUGAUUCUCCUCGUCGCUUGAUGUAUCAUGGGACUAGUGGCACCAGUUCUCUGAUGGCACAGGAUAAGCAAAUGAGCCCCAGAAGUCCUAGCGGCACCGGCCGGAGAAAGGCUUCCUGAUUUCAAUCUUGUUCACUUGACAUGGUGAAUAUCGUGAGCUGCGGUUCCACCCCUUGCUAUCUGCAAUCCCCAUUUUUCCGGUGUAUGAAGGUGUGUACAGUGGCUUUGUACAUACCUCAACUCCUCAGCACCAGUGCUGUUGUAAAAGUUACUGCGGCCUCCCUUGGCUUUGUACUGCUGUUCCUCGCGCUGCUGCUUAAUUUGCGCCAAAUCCCUUUCCCUUCCGAGGGCUUAUUCCAUGAGCUUGUAGUUUGUGCUGGGGUGGUUGCUUUCUUUGAGCUAUUGCUAAUUAAGAUGCAAUGCAUUUCCCGUGCAGGCAAAGACGAAGCUUGUUUUUGCUUUGCUGUUGGAACAGAUCAUGUACUAUUACCAAUCCAAAAGCUGAAAUGCUCAGGCACACUUGCUGCCAAAGUGUCAA